GGUAACAUUAAAAAUUUAAUAUUAUUAAAGUGAAACAAUAUAUAAUUACACGUUAAACUGUAUCCUUAUAAACAAUAAAAUGUGCAGAUUAGUAAACAAUCUCAACGUUGCGGCUCAUAUAUAAAGCCGACAAAUGUAACAUCUUCUAUGGUACCACAUGGUUUCAUCCAUCAUGAAACUAUUCAUGCUAGUGUUGGAGUUAGGCCUAGUAGUGUUUGGACAACAGUUUGACGAAGAAUCUUGUGUAAAAUAUGCUGGAGGCACAGUGUAUCCACACAGCGAUACAAUAGAUACUAGGCAACAUAAUUUACAAUUUACUAAAGCAGUUAUUUCAAAGAGCGCCCCAUUUUGGGAGAGUACUGCCGUCGUAAAUGGGGAGUUUGUUCAGCUAAAAUCUACAGAUUAUAUUGGAAAGUACUUGGUGCUAUUUUUCUACCCUUUAGAUUUUACUUUUGUUUGCCCAACUGAAAUUCUCGCGUUUAGCGAUAGAAUAGGAGAGUUUAAAAAAAUCGACACUGAAGUUGUGGCCUGCUCAGUGGAUUCCCAAUUUACUCAUUUAGCCUGGAUUAACACGCCCAGACAACAGGGUGGUUUGGGCAAAAUAAAUAUCCCAUUAUUAUCAGAUUUAACUCACAGUAUAUCUAAAGACUAUGGAGUAUUUUUAGAGAAUGCCGGCCAUACUCUAAGAGGUCUUUUCAUUAUCGACCCAUUGGGAAUUGUUAGGCAAAUAACAAUGAAUGAUUUGCCAGUCGGUAGAAGUGUUGAUGAAACCUUAAGGCUAGUUCAAGCGUUUCAGUAUACCGACAAACAUGGAGAAGUGUGCCCUGCUGGAUGGGUACCAGGCCAAGAUACUAUAAUUCCUGAUCCUAUCGAGAAGCAGAAAUACUUCAAAAACCACUAGUGUUUUUGCCUUUACAUAUCGGGCAUUUUGGAAACUUGGGAACAGCUCAAACUCAUGACAAUUUAUUACAUUUCAGUGGUAGGCAAGUUUUAAAUUAUAUUAACAGUUUUUAUCUUAAGAAGAUAUUAUAUAUCUUUGUAAUAAUUGACAACUAGUAACUUUCUUUAUUAAGAUCUCAUUCUCUGUUUUCCUCCCAAGACAUCACAUUUUAUUUUUAAUUUAGUAUUAAAGGCCAAUUUUUUUUCCAUAUGCAAAUAAAACUGUGCUUUUAAAGUAAGUCGUUUAAAUAUACCAGAAAUUAAUAAAAUAAAUUCCAUUAUUUAAAGAAUAUACAUUUUAUUUGCUAAUAUCAAACAGUAAACAGUAUCUUAUUCAACAAUUUUUUAGAUCAAUAUAAUAUUGUUCUUAAUAAUUAAAGAAAAAUUGAGCAAUUUGUAACGCGCAAAAUGGAACAUGAGCAUUAAGACACAAAUGCAACAUUGUGAAACUAAUAUAUAAAGAAGCAAUCUUAGCUUAAAAAAUGCACAAUAUUAUAAUGCCCAAAAAAAAACUGUAAAUACAUCCUCCGGGGAAAAAUCAUCUAAAAUAAAUUCUUCAUCACAUUAUGACUAUGGAAUGUAGCAAUUGCAAAAAUUAAGCACUUUAUAAUCACUUGAACGUGCCUACAUGGUAAAAAGCAUAUUAAAAUACGAUACACAUAACAUUUAAAUAGUUAAGUCGCAUACGCAGUACAUUAAGACACUUGAGGGCAGGUAGGCGGUUGGGCUAUCCUAUUCUAAAUACAUACUAAAUGCUCAAUAUACUUAAGGGAGAUAA